AUACACCACGUGGUAGAGCAUUUCCUGUGUGUUGUGGUGUGCUGCAAUACAUGUCCAUUGCAAGCAUUGCAGAACACCAAUGAGCAACAUCAGGGGAGGACUGACAACUCAUGGGGCCCCCGGGCAAUAAGGGAUCAUGGGGCCCCUGUGUCCUUGACCACACUCAAAUCACACCCAAAAAAGCCUAUAAAAGGUACCAGGGGCAUUUUUUGGGGCCCCUUACUGACCCCGGGCCCUUGGGCAGUGCCCAAGUGCUCAAAUUGUCAGUCCGCCCCUGAGCAACAUGCAUGUUUCCAAGCA